AUGUCAGACCUAACCAUCCCCAAUACCACCAUUGCGCUCGUUCUCCCCGCUUUCAACGAGCCGCUCAACUUGGAAAAGACCCCAACACCAAAGACUACACCUGUCGGGUGGGCUCUGGUUCGCGUCUUGAGCACUUCCGUCCGGCCACACAAUCGUGCCGGCUUUUCGGGAAAGAGUCCUCUCUCCCUCCCCGUCCCGUACAACCCGGGGGACAGCGGCCUCGGACGCGUCAUCACCGUUAGACCCGAUGCCGUAGCCAUGAAGCCGGGCCAGCUCGUGUAUCUCAACGGCUUUUACCUCGCACGAGACGACCCAGAGGGCACCCGAGUUCUCACCGGCCUUCAUGAUGGCUUUGGCGACCCAGGUCAGGCCAAGCUGUUCAAGAAGCUGGGCGGGCUUUGGAGGAAUGUGGCCACCGUCCCGCUGGAGAACGCCAUUCCCCUCAACGAGAAGCUUUUGGUUGAUGAGCUGGGCUACUCAUUCGGAGAUCUGAACUACAUCCAGCGCCUUUCUGUUGCCUACGGCGGCGUCAGCGCUGCCGAACUCCGCGCCGGGGAAACCAUCAUCGUGGCACCGGCUACUGGUCACUUUUCCGGUGCCGUCGCUGAGAUUGCCGCCCAGAUCGGCUGCAAGGUCAUUGCGCUCUCGCGAUCGGCCUCCAAGCUGGAGCCGCUCACGAGUUGCCAUCCCCGCAUCGCCGCUCUUCAACUUAGCGGCGACGAAAAGAAGGAUAUUGCCGCCAUCCGAGCACUUGCUCCCAGCGGUGCGGAUGCCUACAUCGACGUUUCGCCGCCUUCCGCCACCGCUUCGCUCCAUAAAUCGACGGUAUCUCUCGCCUCUCUCCGUUCUUUCGGCCGCGCCGUUUUCCUAGGCAUGAUGUUCGACGUAAAGGUUAACUACAUGAGCCUGAUGGCCCGCAACAUUACUAUCAAGGGGCAGCAUAUGUAUACUCGCCUGGAGCUGGUCUCUCUGGUCAAGAUGGUCGAGACUGGAGUUCUCAAGCUGAGUAAAGAUGCUGGGCAUGAGAUUGUUGACAGGGGGUUUUCUCUAGAGGAAUGGGAGGAAGCUGUCAUUGUUGCAGAGAAGGCUACGGCCUGUGGACAACGAGUGCUGAUCUACCCCUAG